UAUGCGGCGCCCCCCCCCCCGUGUUUGCACACAGAUUUCACGCUGCCCCUUCGCUCUCUGCCGACUAAAAGAAUUUCUUUCUUCCCUCCGUGGAGUUUGCUGUCUCGGUUCUUUUUCCCUUUUUGUUGCCUGUGGAGUAAACCCUAGAAUUCAAUUGGGAAGAUCCACAAAUCAAUCGGGAGGAGGUAAGUGUCUCAGAUGGCCCCUGAAUGUCGAAAGAAGAAGUCGGAGGAUGCUACCUUUUUGGCUGAUUUGAGGGAUCAUUUUGAUGAAUUUAUCCAUGCUUCUAUGGAUGAGCAUAAGGAAUGUUUCAAAAAGACCAUGAAGAAGUUAUUUGGGAUGUCAAAAGCUGUGGCGGAGAAAAACUCUGAAUCAACAGGAAUAGAAAGUGUGCUGCCGCUGCAGACAUCAGUCUCUAAAUAAGAAUCUUGACUUCAUGUCAAAUUUGAUUCUCGGUGACAUCUCUCUCUCUCCAUCCAAACACCCACCCCUCCCAGCCCCCACGAUGACUAUGUUGUCGAUGUACCAAUCAUCAGGAGGAAGAGUUUUUGCUUUUGGUUAGAGACCCAAGACUAAGUACACUUGUCAAAGAAUCUUAGCCAUCUUAGGUUGCUUGCUUUUCCAAUCUGUAUUUCAGUAAAUUAUCCUCCUUGAUAUGAGUUCUGCUUUACUUCUUGCCUUUA